AUGGCUUAUUGUGGAUUACUUCAUCAGCCUGCAAAGCCAAAGCAAAUGCUGAUAUUUUUCAGUGUUGACCAGACAACGGCUGUUCAGGAGACAACAAAAGUAAAACAUGUAAUAGAAGGUGACAUGGUCCAAGAGGGAGCAACUGUGCUUGUGGAAUUUGGGAAGGAGAACUUCAAAGCAAGGGUGGUCAAGUUACAUGGUAAAUAAAAAACUAAACUUUCCCGUUCUAACUACUGUUAGGCAUUAAUAGGCAAAAUGUGCGCUUAUAUAUGAAGUUGCAAAUUCCAUUCCAUGCGGCAUUACAGGUCUGCCAAGUGCCAAAUUUUGACGGCAGUAUAAAAUUGAUCGGUGACAGUAAACAUUUUUAUUUGGCUUUAAUCAGGGCCCUAGGGGGCUUUAAUAACAUUGUGUCUUUAAUCCUUUCACUUGCAAAGCAGAACACCGGUAGUAUUAUUUACAACCUAGUACAUUGCAUUUUCUUCUGUAUUAUAUAGAUGAUCCUAGCGUUCUACUAGAAGCGGAGACAGACUUUUUAAUUCAGAUGUUUGGAGAUGAAAAUUAUCAAGUGACUGUUGACAAGGAAAAUAUGCCACCGACUACGCUGCCAACUGGGAAAGAGACACAAGGAAAUAACACGAAGGCAACUUCUAUAUCGUCAAAGCCAAAGAAA